AUGCGUGAUUGAGGAAACAAGUACACGCACAGAAAAUGGGAGGGAUUCAAGUUCCCGAGAUAAGCGUGGGCUCCUGCGACCGGACCAUGCCGCUGCUCGGCAUGGGGACGUCGGCAUACCCCCCGGCCGAUCCGGAGACUGCGAAGGCUGCCAUACUUGAGGCCAUCAGAGCCGGGUACCGCCACUUCGACACCGCCUUCGCGUAUGGCUCUGAGAAGCCGCUCGGGGAGGCGAUCGGCGAGGCCCUGCGUCUCGGCCUGGUGAAGUCCAGGGACGAGCUCUUCAUCACCACCAAGCUGUGGAGCAGCUUCGCGGAAAAGGACAUGAUCGUGCCCGCCAUGAAGAUGAGUCUAAGUAACCUCCAACUAGAGUAUGUUGAUAUGUACCUGAUCCACUGGCCGGUGAAGCUGAGCAAAGAGGUGAAGAAAAUGCCGGUGGAGAAGAGGGAGUACAUACUUCCCCUGGACAUAAAGUCGGUUUGGGAAGCCAUGGAAGAGUGCAAGAACCUGGGCCUCACCAAGGGCAUUGGAGUCAGCAACUUCUCUUGCAAGAAGCUGGAGGAGCUGCUAUCAACUGCCAAAAUCACUCCCGCAGUUAAUCAGGUGGAAAUGAACCCCAUUUGGCAGCAGAAGCAGCUGAGGGAGUACUGCAACGCAAAGGGCAUCCACAUCAGCGCUUACUCUCCCUUGGGUGCUAACAACACCAAAUGGGGAGACAACAGAGUUGUUGAAUGUGAUGUCUUGGAAGAGAUUGCCAAAGCUAGAGGCAAGACACCUGCCCAGGUUUCUCUGAGAUGGUUGUGUGAGCAAGGAGUGAGCAUCGUGACAAAGAGCUUCAACAAGCAGAGGAUGAGGGAAAACCUCGACAUCUUCGACUUUUCUCUCACCGAAGAGGAAUCGAAGAGGAUCGCUCAACUUCCUCAGAAGAAGGGUGUCCUGUUUGCUACUGUCAUGGGUCCCUAUGAUAUUUGUCUGGAGAUUGAUGCAGAAAUAUGAGGCUUGGACCCUUUUUGAUUAGUCUGCAUCUUGUCUUUUUAUAAUGUUACGUAAAGGAAUAAGGCCAUAUAUGAUAUCUGCUUUCUUACUUA